AUGCCUGGCUUCUUCCUGAGGGACGCCCUCGUUGCAAUCGGCAUUCUCAAAUCUGACAAUGAACCAACGCCUCUUACAAGUCUAUUCAGUAAUCUCCCGAGUUAUCAUCGAAUUUUAAUCGCUGGUCUCCACAACACUGGAAAGUCAACUGUCCUGGAAAACCAUCUCGCAUCCAAUGUAAAGAAUGUAACGACUUUUACCAUGUUCACAGUUUGUCAUAUCAGCAUUUACAGAUAUGGCAACGUUACCUUUCACGUCAUGGAUAUUGGAGCAAGCCGACCUAGUGGAUUCCACACAAUGGAAAGAGCAUUCUUCAACCAAGCAGAUGCAGUUGUUUGGGUCGUCGACGCGAAUGAUUGUGAUACACACCUAGAGUCAAGAGAAGAGUUGGUGGCCAAAGUCAAUCACAGAGAUGGCAUGCCAAGGGAUGCACCCCUUCUCAUACUAGCCAACAAACGAGAUCCAAAAGACGUUGAGGUUGUACAGAAGAUGGAAAGUUUCUUCUUUGAUCAAGAAUCAUCUACACUCAGCACUAGGCCACAUGCAGUUUUUAGCACCAACACACUCACAGGAUACGGUUUACCGGAAGCAUUUAAAUGGCUCGGUGAAAUGAUUCCAAGUCAAACGAAGUAUAACGCGGGGGGUACUGAAAGGGUUAAAGCUUCGAUCCAAGACGAAAUCAUCGAAAUACUGGAAAAUGGAACUAGCCGGAAGUUUGUGCAAGAAACUAGCCAGUGA